CUGUGAGAGACCCGUGCUCCGAGCUCAACUGUACUGAGAAUGAGUGGUGUGGAGAGAAGGACUGUGGAACAACAAACGGCUGUUUCUGUAACAACAAUCAUCUCAUAUCCGCCUCUGACACUUUCGAUGCCUAUGAGACGUGUGAAAGCAGCUCUGGGUUCAUCUCUCUGUCUCGCUCUCAGCUCUUUGAAGCUGGUUUUUCUGCUGAUCUCUUACACCUGAAUGACCCCAGCUGUAGAGGAACAGUCCGGAAUGGCAGAGUAGAGUUUAGAUUUGACAACAAUGACCACAUCUGUGGUACAAAACUUGUGGCCAAUGGCACUCACUUCAUAUAUGAAAACUUUAUUCUUAGUGAUCCAGACUUAACUGGUCUGGAUUUUCCCAUCAGCAGAAAGAGAUUUCUGAAGUUGCGUUUCAGCUGUAUUUAUCACCAAACCCAAGCGCUCUCCAUGGACAUCCACCCUCUGGAGAGCAUUGUGAACAGAAACCAUCAAGGUCUGGGGACAUAUCAGGUCAGGAUGAUUCCAUAUUUGGAAGCCAUGUUCUCUGACCCGUUCACUGGUUGUGUGGGUGUGGAGCUGAAUGAGCCGAUUUUUCUAGAAGUGCGUGUUGAUGGAGUUGAAGGCCGUCAGUUUGCUUCAGUGAUUGACGCAUGUUGGGCUACACAUGUGAAUGAUCCUCAGUCCUCUCUCCGCUGGGAUCUUAUCGUUGAUGAGUGCCCCAGUCCAAAUGAUGACACCGUGGAGAUUCUGCAGAACGGCGUCUCCACAUCCAGUCGUUUCACCUUCAGGACGUUCACGGCACACUCCAGUAAGGUUUACCUGCACUGCAGAAUUCACCUUUGUCUCCUGACCAACAAUACCUGCUCUUCUCAAUGUUUCUCUGAACCUCAUCUGAGAGUGGGCAGAUCUCUGGACUUCCAUGACACUGCCUCCAUAUCUAUUGGUCCACUGGUCUGGUCCAAAAGAAAACUAAAAGAUGGAUCUCGGAACAAGUGA